AUGUUCCAUACACUUUUCGAGAAGCUUGAGUGGCUGGUCCUGGACGAAGCGGAUCGUCUCCUCGAGCUCAGCUUCGCCGACACAUUGGACAUUGUGGAUGGGGUGAUGCCUCGGAGCCGUCGGACAAUCCUAUGCUCGGCUACCAUACCGGAAGUCCUUCUGGGGAAGGCUCAGAGUUGGUGCCAUCGAGGGUACGCCUUUGUGGACUGCAUAGGUGACGCCUCCUCUUCACACGGCCAGGCAGACACCAUGGAAGUGGUGGCCACUCCCGAGUCGAUGAACGAUAAACAGUUCUACGUUACCUGCCCGGCUCACAGGAUCGUCACAGCUCUCCAUAACAUUCUUCAGGAUGAGAUCACGGAAGGCUCCCUAUGA